AUGCCGACCAAGUUAUCACAAAUCACAGCCUACAAGAAAGUCAACGAAGACUACAGCGAUGAGGAGAGCAACGAGGACUACAGCGAUGAGGAAAGCUGCAUCAACAAGGACUGCAGCAACGAGGGGUGUAUCAACAAGGACCGCAUGGUCAUCUUGUGCAUUGGAACUGUAUUGUUAGCUAUUCUAAUCAUUCUACUAUAUGGUGCUAUCUCUCAAGAAUUGAGGCCCCAUAAACCAAUAGAGUUUAUUAUAGCUGAUGCCUCAAUUACGAAGUUUAAUCUCACAAGCGACAACACCUUGUACUAUAAUUUUAAGCUCAAUAUUACUGUGAGAGAGUCUAACUAUUUCGACUACAACCGGUAUCCGAGAUUGAUCAAAGCCAUUCCUUCUUAUAAAGGUAAUAAAUUUGAUGUGGUAGAUAUGGAAGGCUUUGACCUAUCUUUUAAGAACUCCAUUAUGCUUAAGCCUGUCGUAUUUUACGGGAACAAAUUUAUCAAACUGGAUGCACAACAACUUAUGGAGUUUCAUAAUGAGACACGAUUGGGGAUUUUUAAUUUGGAUUUAAAAUUAGAUUUGAAAUACAAUGAAUAUGUUUAUUGUCUAGGUUUGAAAGUUCCUUUGAAUUCCAAAGAAAAAUUAGAAUCUACUUUCAAUGUUACCAAAUGCUCCCGUGAAUACCAGGGAUGGGGCUAG